CCCCAUCCUGCCUUCCCAUCAUCAAUUCACUACAAACCAUUCCUCUCACUCUCAUUACAUUCUUCAUUAUCUUGCAAUUUCCACUCUCACAACACAGUGUGCUCUCUAUCUUGACACCUUUGUUAUUGUGCUUUGUAACUUCAAGCUAAGUGCAAUUUUAAUCAAAGAUGUCAAUUUGUAUGAGCAUGAAGAUAGAAGAAGACACUGUUCUCAAUCAUAAGCAAGGGAUAGUCACUAUUUUGAACUGUAACAGUGACACUAGUUUUACGCCACCUUCUCUCAGAAGAACUCUCUCAGCAGACAUGUCCUCCAAGAAAUGGCUUUCUCAGAAUGGUUCUUCUAAAACCAUGAAGAAGAUUUCAUCAUCUGAGAAUCUGCUUGGACGAGAUGAUGAUGUGUUCAAAGAAACUACGUUGGUUGAUGAUGAAGAUGAAGCUGAGAGAGAGAGGCUUCAGAUUUGGAGUUCAAUCCAGAGAAACAAAAAGGAAGAGCAACAGAAAGGAGGUUCGUUUGAUACUUGGAGUUCACUCAUGUCUUUGAAGACUAAUGAUGAAAUCUCUAAGUCUCUUCCACCUUACAUUCAUCCUCUCGCUAAGAGGACGAAAAGCUCUUUGUCUAGGAAGAGCCUUGAGAUUUGUACUGAGAGUCUCGGAUCCGAGACUGGUUCAGAUGGUUUGGUGUUCUCUUAUCCUCCAUCUGACAGUCCCGGACCUGAAACUGGGUCUGAUGAAAAGUUGUCCUCUUAUCCUCCGUCAAACUUGAUGGAGGAUACAGGAGAACAACAACAUCAAACCCAGAAUGAAAAUGAAGAAGACAAGAAAGAAACCGAAGAGGUAGUGUUGGAAGUAGAAAGGUUCAGUUAUGGUGGUGUUACUGCUAAUAAUAAGAAGUCACCACCGCGAUCCUUCCCUCCGCCACUUCCUUCGCUCUCUCGCCAAGACGGUCCUUCUCUUCAGAUGAGGCCACAUCGCGACAACGGAAGGUUGGUUUUAGAAGCUGUGUCUCUUCCGUCAUUGAACAACUUCUGUGUCCAACGCCAAGACGGUCGACUCGUCCUAACUUUCGCAAAUCAAGACAAGGAAAUCGGUGAGAAUGAAGAGAUAGGUGAGAUGGAGGAAGAGUUUGAAGGAUUUGAAGAAGAAAAAGAAGACGAAGACGAAGAUACGGAAUAUGAGAGUGUGAUAGGGAAAGGAUCAAUAAUGUCUUUUGAGAAAACUACUAUAAAAAGUAGUGUUCAUUGGAUUGGAUCAAACCAUAGCAACAAGGUGAAUAAGACAAUUGGGCUAUUGAAUAGGAAUCCAAAGUGGUCAAAGAAGUUCAACAAUGAAGUGGAUAACAAAGAUGUCCAAGUAGUGGAAGCUAGUCAAAUGGUAAAAUCACUUCCACCAAGGCCAAGAGUUGCAAGAUUGAUUCCAUCACCACCAAAUGCAGCAACUGGUUCAUUCAAUCUAAAUUCUUAUCAACAUUAUUGGAGGACCACAAAACCAACAUCAACCAAAUGCGGUAAUUAUCCACUCGACCAUUAUCAAGAGAAAAACAUCACCAACGACAACGAUAACAACAACAACAGCAACAAAAAUAACAAGAUUGUUGUGUCCGCAAAAUGCGAGAUGAAGAACAUGAACAUGAACCGUGUUUCGAAUGAGAAGCAACAACUUUUGGUUCUUAAAGGAAAGAAUGGUGAUUAUUUGGUUCAUAACUUGAAGAAUUGCAAGGAUUCAAGAAGGUCCUUUCUCUUUUGGGAACCUUAUUGCAUUGCCACCUCAUGAAUCAACCACUUCAACAACCAUGACAAAAAUUCACUACUACUAUUUUUAAUUAAUCCAUUGCUUAAAUCUCCGUCCCUUUUUAUAAACAUAAUCACUCGUUUGCAUUCUGCAAACGAGUUUAUAAUCAGAGACGGGUGUAAUAUUUAUUCCUCUAUUUUUCCUUUCUAUUAUGUCUACUAAGUUCAAAUCCUUCUAGAAGGUGUAAUGUAGUGUAGUCAAAUAAAAGAAAAGGGAAUUAAGAGGAAAGGGGAGUAAGAAUUAGUACUUUAUUUGUAAUUCUAAGAUCUGAUAAAUGACUUGAACAGUGUCAUAUCAUAUAACAUAUAUAAUAUUUACUACUAUUUACUAUUGAUUAUAGUUA